CUCUUUCUUUGCUUUCUUUUAUUAUUAUUAUUAUGUCUUCUAUGCAGUUACCUCCUGGGAAUGACUUCAAUGCUACCUGGUCUUUUUUAGAAGCAGGUCUUGACCAAAUCAUGUGUCGUUUUGAAGAAGGUUUAGAUCGUACACGUUAUGCUAUUCUUUAUAGUGCUGUUCAUAAUUAUUGUGCUCGAAGUGAUACCAACAUACAAAGUGCUAUCUCAGCUCCAGGUGGUGCUAAUUCUCGAAGACCUGCACCUGCACCUCCUCUUAUUGGUGGAGAAGUAUACGCUCAUUUAAGCGACUACCUUAAACAUCACCUUGAGAAGAUCAGAAGAGAAUCUGAACAAUAUAUGGAUGAGUCUUUAUUACAAUACUACACGAAACAGUGGACGAGAUAUACAGCUGCUGCUCGUGUGGUCAACAAUAUCUUUAUGUAUUUAAAUCGUUAUUGGGUCAAGCGUGAAAUUGAUGAGGAUAGAAAGAGCGAUGUUUACGAUGUCUUUACUCUAACAUUGGUGAGUUGGAGAAAGUACAUGUUUGAAUAUGUAAGCCAUAAUGUGAUUGCUGCAGUAUUAAAGUUGAUUACCAAACAAAGAAAUGGUGAAGUCAUUGAAACAAGCCUUAUAAAGAACGUUGUUGAUUCCUUUGUGUCGCUUGGUUUGGAUCACAAUGAUUCCUCAAAGUCGAAUUUAGACGUGUACAGAGACUAUUUUGAAAAAGAAUUCAUUGAGGCUACUGAAGUAUAUUACAAGACAGAAUCAGAGAAAUUCAUUAGCGAAAACAGUAUUCCUGACUACAUGAAAAAGGCAGAAACAAGACUGAUUGAAGAAGAAGGCCGUGUUCAAAUGUAUCUUCACCCUUCAACUCACAAGACUUUGAUUCCUAUCUGUGAAACUGUCUUGGUCAAGAACCAAGAAGAAAGUAUUUGGGAUGGAUUCCAGUCCUUAUUAAAUGCUGAUAAACAAGACGAUCUCCAUCGUAUGUAUUCACUCUUGGCUCGAAUUCCUGAUGGCUUGAAUCCUUUGCGUAUCAGUUUUGAGUCCCACAUCAAGAAAGCAGGUCUUGGUGCCAUUGAACGUAUCUCUCAAAAUGAAUCUGAAGCAUUGGAUCCCAAGAGCUAUGUUGAUACCCUAUUGGAAGUACACAAGAAAUACAAUGAGUUAGUGGGAUCUGCUUUUAGUGGUGAAGCUGGAUUUGUGGCUGCUUUGGAUAAAGCCUGUGGUGAAUUUGUCAAUCGUAAUAAGGUCUGUAAAGGCACUUCAAGUAAAUCGCCUGAAUUACUGGCACGCUUCUGCGAUCAAUUGCUCAAGAAGAGUGCUAAAAACCCUGAAGAAGAUGAAUUGGAAGAUGUAUUGAAUAAUGUCAUGACUGUAUUCAAAUACGUGGAAGAUAAAGAUGUGUUUCAAAAGUUCUAUAGCAAAAUGCUGGCGAAGCGUCUGGUCAAUGGUACUUCUGCCUCAGAUGAUGCUGAGGGUUCCAUGAUCUCUAAACUCAAAGAAGCCUGUGGUUUUGAAUACACCUCUAAAUUACAACGUAUGCUAACAGACAUGUCACUCAGUAAGGAAUUGAACGACCAGUUCAAGACCCUUGUUCAACAACACAAUGAUACUUCAAUUGAUUUCAAUAUCUUGGUAUUGGGUGCUGGUUCAUGGCCCUUGUCUACUCCUUCCACCUCCUUCAACUUGCCUGACGACGUUGUCACUAUGUAUGAUCGUUUCCAAAAGUUUUAUCAAAACCAGCAUUCAGGUCGUAAGCUAAACUGGUUAUUCCAACUCUCUAAGGCUGAACUCAAGACACACUACUUGAAGGCAAGCAAAGUAGGCUACACAUUUAUGGUUUCUGCUUAUCAGAUGGGUGUCUUGCUUCAGUUUAAUGCCACAGACACCUGUACGUAUGAAGAGUUGCAUAAAUCCACUGCACUCUCUCCUGAAGCCUUGAAUCCUGCGCUUGGUGUCUUGGUCAAGGCAAAAGUACUCUUGCUCAAGGGAGAUAAUGUAGGCGAUGCUGGAUCGCGUUACGUACUCAACCAUGACUUCAAGAGUAAAAAGGUCCGUAUCAAUCUCAACAUGCAGAUGCGUGUCGAACAAAAGGCUGAGACAGAAGAGACACACAAGACCAUUGAAGAAGAUAGAAUGUUUGUUAUGCAGGCUGCUAUUGUCCGUAUCAUGAAGACGCGUAAAGUAAUGAAGCAUGUGGCUCUUAUAGAAGAAGUCCUUACUCAAUUGCAAUCAAGAUUUAAGCCUCGUGUGCCUGCCAUUAAGAAAUGCAUUGAUGUCUUGUUGGAAAAAGAAUAUAUUGAGCGUGUUGAAAACCAAAAGGAUAUGUACAGCUAUUUGGCAUGAUUUAUCAAUAAAAGAAAAAAGAGU